AUGGCGCCCUUCAAAUCUUUUGCAGCAUUCGUCGCGAUCAUAUCGGCAGCAGUUUUUCCAGGAACGGUUGCUCAAUGCCCGAACCUAACUCCCGUCUCGCAGCCUUCGCUGGCUCAGGGUUAUGCAGCGAAGCUUGUCAUGAACGGGCUGAAAACCCCGCGCGGUCUUAUUUUUGAUAAACUUGGAAACCUUCUCAUCGCUGAACAGGGCGGCAGCGGCGUCCGAUACGUCAAGUUGACAGACAAUGGCGGUGUGAAUGUCUGUGUUGCUUCCCAGAAGCAGCUCAUCCCGAAUGGACAGCUUACCCAUGGUAUCGCCCUCUCGGCGGAUGGGAAGACCUUAUACGCCUCAUCUGGAACUGAAGUGUUCGCCUAUCCUUACGAUGCGGCCGCCGGCACGGUUGGGCAGGCUCGUUCCAUCAUCAACGGAAUGGCGCAGGGCGGGUUCCAUCACACUCGGACUCUGCUGAUUCCCAAGACUAAUCCAAACAUCCUGCUUGUUUCGCGUGGCUCUGAGGACAAUCUCGACGUUGCGACGGCCCAGAUACCAUCUGGACGUAGCCAGAUCCGUGCUUUUGACUUGAACAAGCUGACUGGAGGCCCUGUUGCCUAUACUACUGGAGAAGUCUUUGGGUGGGGGCUGCGCAAUAGCGUUGGUGUUGGUGAGAACGUGGACGGUGGCAUCUGGUCAGUCGAGAAUUCUUUGGACAACAUGGCCCGGAACGGCGUGGACAUCCACAACGAUAACCCUGGCGAGGAACUCAACUAUCACGGCAUUUUCAACUCGAGUUCUAAUCAAUACAAGGGAGCCAACUAUGGCUAUCCCAACUGUUUCGCCGUCUGGGAUACGAGCAAGAUCAGUGGAGUCCCCAAUGUUCAAGUUGGGAGCCAGGUCAUUCAGGGCAGCCCAUCUGGUCAGAUCACAGACCAAUACUGCCAGUCAACACCAGUUGCACCAAGACUCACUUUCCCAGCGCACCUUGCUCCGUUGGACAUUAAGUUUCACCCUAACGGAAGGUCCGCAUACAUUUCCUUUCACGGUAGCUGGAACCGACAGCCUCCUGAUGGAUAUCGGCUCAGCAAGGUUGACUUCGGAGCCAAUGGCCAGCCUACUGCUCCAGCAAACAGCCGUACAGCCGAAGUCAAGGUGAUGUGGAACAGCAACAGCGCCGUGUGUCCAAAUAGCUGCUUCCGGCCUGUAGGUCUUGUUUGGGACGGCAAGGGCAGAUUGUUUAUGACAAGCGACACUUCGAACGAGUUGUUUGUCAUCACAGUACCUGCUUAG